AUGUCAGACGUGUUAAAGAGCUUCGUGGAAGACCACGAGCUGGGCUGCGGCAUCUUCACGGGCAUCAGCGCCACCUUCUCCCGGGGAGACUUCGCGUCUAUCGAGGGAGUACCCCUUGAGAGGAUCCCACACCACUGGGCUUCUGGUGAGCCUGACAACGACCAGGACUCGGAGCAGUGCAUCCUGCAGCUGAAGGAUGGCUCGCUGGCCGAUGUCAGGUGCAACGACACCUUCCCGUACGUCUGCUAUCGCAAGUACACCAACCAGAUAACCAACGCCUGCGGCACUUUUGACAAUGAGUACCAGCUGGACUCGCGCACGGGCAGCUGCUACAAGUUCCACCUGGUCCCGCGCACGUGGUCGCGCGCGCAUAUGGCCUGCACGGCCGAGGGCGCCCACCUGGCCGUCAUCAACAGCGGAGCCGAAGCCAAGGUCCUAGAGGAGCUGUUCGCUAAGAACCCGGCCGGCAAGCUGCAGUCCAGAGCGCCGUUCGGCAAGGACAUCGCCUUCAUUGGCUUCCAUGACUGGAACGAGCACGGAGAAUGGCUCACCGUCCAAGGGCAAACUCUAGAGGAGGCGGGCUACGCGCGCUGGUCGGGCGGGCAGCCAGACAACGGCACGCACAACGAGCACCGCGGGGAGUUCUGCGGCGGCAUCUUCCGCUCCGCCCAGCUGGAUGACCUGUGGUGCGGGAUGCCGUAUCACUUCAUCUGUGAAAAGGCUCCCGACAGUUUGUUGUGGGAUUAA